GUUAUUCAAAAUGUUUAUAACGACCGAGUUGCGCUUGUUUUGCCCAACCGACGCAAUGGCUUUACGUGGCACGGCUAAGUUUAUCAAUGUUGGUUCAUAUGUCAGCGUGGGCUGUUUACUUGUUGUGCUUCUAACGGUUAUCAUUCUUGUUUGGUCUAUGCCCGACGUUAAGCAUGUGGAUGGCAACACGAUUAUUUGUGUUCAUGAGGACGGAUCUUUGCGCUGCACCGAAACGGUGACAGCCUUAAGUCAACUUUUAGAAAAGGAAGUUAAGAAUGUUUACCAUAAAACGGUAAAACAAGAUGCGGUCGAAACAAAAGCAUAUUUUGAAAAUAACGUAAACAUAGAGCUUAAGCAUGAUUAUCUGGCAGCAAUUCCUGAAAUGAAGCCUGCAGCCAAAGUCGUCGGUCAACUUUCUAAACCACAGCUUGGUCAUCAAAGAAAAGAAAUGGAAUCUGUAAUUGCAUGGUUUCAUGACAAAGACUUAAGACUAUACAACUGGUUUCAUGAGAUACGGAGUGCGGUAUCAGAAUGGGCGUUUGAUUGUUCCACUUACUGGAAUUUACAACGUUUACUCAUUUAAGGUCCAACCUGACUCCCCACAAAACACAUCAUCAUGAUACGGUACCAACACGAAAUGGUGGAGUGACCACAACCGAGAAGGCACGAACAGUGGCAAAUCAGCUAAGUACUUCUGUGAAACGGUUUCCUGAGCAUCAUCCAGAGGAAGAGGAACACUACAAAGAGUAAUUUUAUCCAAAGUCUGAACUCGUUGAUGUAUUUGUUCCUUUCCAGAAACAAAGCAUGAUGGGAGCCCAAAGGCUGAGGAAGAGGAGCAAAGAUUACCAUUAUAAUAGGGACCAUAGGUUCGCAUACACAACUCUGGACCAUAUCACCGAUAUAUUGAUAUUGAUUGAAAUUUUGUGACAUCUUCAGCUGAAUCAUCGAUAGUGAAGAAAUGACAAGCCAACAAAGCGACAGAAAAAAUAGUUUGAGGGUGAAACACAACUUAAAAUGCAGGGAAACAGAGUGAUAUGCGAGAAAAAUCCAAAUGCAAGAUAAAAAUCUUCACAAAUGUUGCUUAAUUAGAUAUGAAUGAAGAUCUACUACCACAAUAAUCACAACACAUACGAGUGAAUGAGAGAAAAGCCCGAGAUGAAUUUAUACAAUUCAGCCAAUCUGUGUAUGAGGAGAACACAAAUGUAAUUGAAAAAGGAAACACUUUGUUUGAAAGAUGAUUUAAAAGUACAAGGGAAAAACGAUAUAAUAUUUCAAAAGGAUACAAUUCCAACUCAUAAAAGCAUAAGAGCAACUCUUCAACAAGUUGAGGCUUAAAGUCUGUGUCUAGAUGUGGAAAACUGGAAGAGAAAAAGGAGAAGACUAAGAUGAUCACUCAUGCAUCGAAAAGUACUAAAAAUAAAGUGGUAGGCAAGUUCAUGGUAUAGAGGUUACAUUUAGUACAAGACAGCCAAUUACUUCUGCCCAUCUUACCAAUUCAUCAAGAGAUAACUGAUGGCAUAGUAAUCCAAGUGGAUAUGGGGUGUGAAAUACUGGCAUCAGUCAGAUGAUUCAGUUUUGAGGAUGGGUAAAAACCUGUAGAUGCACGUGUUACCUACAUCACAGGGCACAACCACAUCGUUUUAAAGCUGUUGGCAGAGAUGUUAAACUUGGAAACAGCAGAGGAAAUGCUGCAUUGAGUUUAAACACUGAUACGGAUAACGUGAUAAGGUUGGUCGGGGCUGAGAUGAAGAUAGAGCAAGUUCUACAGAGUUUGAUGGUGGAUCUGGAAGUAGCCAUCGAGAUUGCAAGUGCGGUUUUCUACAAACACAGCAUGUUUGGAGACCCCUGUAAGGCAAGCAGCAGUUCUCAUAUAUCACUUGUGCAAAUGUGAACAGAAGAACAGAAUUCCUGAAUCAGACCUCUCAGAUAACAAUCGACUCUCUUGCCUUUUCAGAGAGGUGAUCGAGCUCUCUAUCUCAAGGUUGCCUUCGUGUUGUUUGCCUUUCUGGGCGUACACCUAUUUGAGUCUAUAAGCUACCCAUUCUCAACUCAGGGAGUUCUACAAGGGACGCCGUACAGGUUUGGGUCAAAGCGUUGGGGUAUAUUGUCCAGGAAUAGGAUAGGUUUAAUUUGAACUUGAAAAUCAUGCCUACUGUUAAUGCUAUUAUUAGGAUGUGUUUGAGACAGAAUUAUAGGAAAGAAGCCAAUAUUAAAUUACGAUGAUAGACCGACUUUUAUGCAUUGUACCUCAAACGAACGUUGGCUAAAGGUUGCAUUCGUCGCUAUGCCUUUUUGUUUCUAAAAAUGCUGCCGGGAUAUCAACAAAGAAAAUUAACUGAAUCAACAGUUGAAUCCCCUUUUAUUUAUUUAGACUGCAAUGCAAAACAAAUUUUUAACACGAGGUUUUUUACAUAGGAAUAUACACACCUUCACAGUCAUAGCGAAGGCAACCUAGCGAUGCUAUCGGUCGAUAAUUUGGCGGCUGAGAAGGGUUGUUUCUCGUUAAUCUAACAGUUACAUUGACACAUUCCCAUUUUGCUGGAACAUCCUAACUUGGCUGCUUGUUAUACAAUAUGAACAAAUGCGCUCUUAGUUUGCGAGUUUUUAAGUGGAUCAAUGGUGGUUUUAUCAAGUCAGAUUCCUACGAAUUUGAUAUAUUUACUGUUAAGAUUGCGUAAGAGACACACUAUGACGAAGUAUAAAUGCUGAACAGAUCAAAAAUGGUUAUUUUGAGGAAUCGUUUUGUCACUAUUUAUAAGUUAAGACAAUAAAAGGAAAAAUAAAACACAUUGACAAUCGCGCAUUAAACACUGUACGACAUUGGUGCCUGACCAUUGUUUUUUUUUAAGUUUCACAUGGCGUAAUUCGUUUUUCUAUCAAAGUAUGCAACCGUUGUAUCAUACUUGAGCCAUAGAUGUUGUAGAAUAAGUUACAAAUAUAUUGAUAAUUUUUAUAUUAUACUCCAAAUUAGCAUAAUUUCGCUUGUAUCGCGGGUUUGUUUCAAUGUUUCAAAUUAGUAGUUAUGCUGGCCCAUUGGUUAUCUUUCUAAGUUGCUAGAAAUGUAUUUCUCCUCCACAGGGCAUCCUUUUGUGUAUAUUUACUGGUUAGGGUUACUUCGAGUUGCAGCUGUUAGUUUAUUAUUUUUAUGUAGAAAACAAGUCAAAACAAUAUUUUCUUACUUAAAUACAUUAUCCUUCUCUGUUUAGCCGUAUCCUACCAUGCAUAAAUCAUGGUUACGUUUUUAAUAUACACAUUUAUAGCUGCCAUAUAAUACACAUUAAGAUUUUGAAAUUUUGAAAUUUUACGACCAUGUAAAUAUCAAAGUUUGUUAAGUUGAGAACGAGCGGAUUGUAAAAAACUAAGACGAAUGGUUUUUAUUUAAUUCUCUUAGUGUGAUGCUGUUAAUGUGUUAUGUUUGGUAUAAUAUUUGUGUAACAUGAUGCGUUUACCAAUACAUUGUAGUUAAUUUACUUAAUUCACACAAUGCCGAAUUUAAACCUCCGAUUGGAACCGAAAUUUAACCGGAUAAUAAAUUCAAAGGUCGUGGGUUUAAAUUUAUUUAUAUGGAAUGACAAAACAAGUCCCGAUAGCUUACCAACAUCGCAUCGACAGAGUCCAGCAUACUUGUUAAAUGAUUGUAUUAUGCAACUGUCAUGACAACGACCCGAUUGUUUGAUUAUUUGUGAUAACAUACAAUGAAAUAAGGAUACUUAGAGAUAAAACAGAGCAGCCCCGCUCUCUGUAUGUAAUAAAAGGUCAUUAGAUAACACAAUUCAGCCAAGACAACAUAGUCACAUUCUCUUGAAAACAGUUUUAACAAAGUCAAAACACAAUCGGUCUGGGUCAUAGGGUUUAAAAAGCAUUCAUAAAUGUGGUCAUCAUGAUUUCAAAAACUCUUAUGAAAAAAAAACAAAUAGUACAAACAAUUAAACUACGCAAAAUAAUUCUUAAGACUGAAGAAACGUCAUUAUGAAAAAGUAUAUUUUAAAAAUUUAAGUUAACAAAUCCCCAUCAUAGCCAUUUAUUUUAAACAAUUCAUACUGUGCAUGUCUUAUCUUUAAAUGUACACGAAUCCACUGUGACAAGUUAAGUGUCAAUUUAUUUUUAGCUGGUAUUUAAUUGUGUUAGCAACAGAGUAAUACAUCUUAUUAUAUAUUAAAAUGUGUUUAAGCUGUUUUAGUUUUUACUUAAUAUACUAUAUUUUAAAAGCAUAUUUGUGCGGGAUGUUUAAGGAUUGUAUCAUAGCAAAGUUGAUUAAUGAAUUUAAUACAAGGUUAUUGUAUUAUGAUCACCACAGUAUAUUUGACUCGGAUGAAUAUCUGCAGAAACGAUUAAGCAAGCUUUGGCUUUCCUUUGUCGAUAUCAACCUUAUUAGAUUUCUGUAAUGUUAUCAUAAGACAUUAACCAUGUAUCAUUUAUGUCUAUGAAUUCCACAUAAUAACAUACUUAACACAAAUUGGACCAUGUAAAAUUAAUGCAUACAUUACAAGAUACAUGUACGCUGCUUUGUCCGAUUGGAUGGAUGUGUUCAAUUGAUUUAAUCCAGAGGCAUCACCGCUUUCACGUUCGCAGAACUAUUCAUUUGUUUGGAAAAUCGUUAUGAUUUUACCGAUUUUAAUGCGUUUUAUUUAUUUACGCUAAACAGAUGUCCAUCGCAAACGGUUUCUGCCAAUGAUAUUUUAAGAAAAUAUUUGAAGAUUGGGGCUUCAAUUACUUAAUUGUGUGUUUUUAGCAUUUUUAGUAGACAUAGAAGUAAAUGAAUAUAUGAUAAAUAUCUUGUUAAAUA